AGGUAGACGUAGACCAGGCCGCCGCCAGCCUCUGUCCUGAACAGUCCAACCUCUCACAGGUAUGCCGUGCGGCGACUUCGGGUUUCGUGUUGUUGUUAGUCUGGUGCUCGGCGUCUUCGCUGGUAUGCUCCAGGGAGGUUGUGUCUGUGAGGCGUUCUUGGACGAACCAACAGCCAGCCGCCGCCUUUUACGGGCCAGCGACCACAAGGAAACUGGCGCUAUGACUCUUCUUGGCUACACUUGAUAGAUUGCAGCGGAAUAUAUUUAGUAGCAGCACUGGCCGGGUUUGGCCCUUGCGUGCCUAUUGUGACACAGGCUCCCGCAGGUAGUUGGCCUAUGUCUCCCGGCGCUGCUUCACGUGUCUGGCCGGGAUAGAAAAGGCCCCGGCCUCUGUGCCGAGGAGCAGGCCCCACGCUGAGGCCUGUUCGUUGUAACAGGCGCAGCCCUACGGCUCUUUGUGCGUAGCGCUACCCAAAACAGGCCGCAAAAUAAAGCGACCGCCUUCUGCGGGGGCUGAAAGUCUCAAGCUAAAUUCUGUGACUUUUUUUGAGUAGCGCUACUCUGAGCAACCCUCAUCAAACGCAACUGGCUUAUUGAGGACUGAAAGCCCCAACCAUAUUGUUGAGCUGUCUUGUUGCGUCGGGCCCUCAAAGUCAAACUCAUUGGGUGUCAUCCUCACAAGCCACUGGUCUACUUUUGAGUGGGUUUUCUUGUAGCUCUACUCGCUGGACUGUGUAGCGUGGGUCUACUCAGCGAGUAGCACUACAGGGAAAGGUGGCCAAAAACGGCUGGGUUUUGAGGAUCGUACUCAAUUUGAGGAGUCGACCAACCCAACAUCAAGGCGAUGCAAAUAAUUUGAGACUUUCAAUCCUCAAAGAAAAGCCAGUGGCUUUCGAGGGUUUUUUUGAGUAAAGCUACCCAAAAAAAGUGUCAAGAUUCAGCUUGAGGCUUCCACGCUUCAAAAGCCACUGGUUUUUGAAGCUUGUCUAUCUUGCGUGGCGCUACUCAAAAAAAGUCUCAAAUUGAGCGCGAGGCUUUCAGGCCUGCCUCAAAAGCCAAUAGCUUUUGCGACUUCUUUUGAUUGGUGUCACUCACAAAAGGCCUCAAGGUCAAGCUCGAACACGUUGAAGCCCGAUGAGGCUUGCGUGCGGCUUGUGGAGCGUGUUGGCGGUGCUCUCUUUUCGGUUGUCUUGGUGCCGGUUCCUUCAGUGCAGCUACGCAAACUGUUCCGCUCGUUUUCGCGUGCUUUCUGAGGGUCAUGAAAAUUGAGCUCAGCGGGACCUCGCCAAACUAUGGUAAAACCGUCGCUGCCUUCGGGGGUGCAGCAGGUGUGGCCGUCGGUGAUGAAGCGAACACCUACAAAGAAGAGGCGACACAAAUAAGCCGGGACGGCAGAGGGCUGCCUGAGAAUAUCGAGGAGUGGGCGACGAAUUAUGAGAACCAGUGGAAAAGAGUUAGAGAAGCGCUGGAAAAUAGCCAGGAGAAGAACUGGACACAAGGCCUGCCGCAUCCUGUCCAGGUUGUCGUCGGUGUGGCGUGCACCCCUGCGGACAGGGUGCCGCGUGCCACGAUUCGAAAAACGUGGAUGACGCAGCCGGGCGUGUGCCGUUUGGGUGAGACCCCAGAAAAGGUUCUAAAAGACCCGAGGGCUUGUCCUGUGGUCGCCCUUUUCUUUGUGGGUCGUGGCGUGAAUACCACGAUGAAAGAGGGAAUGGACCCAGCAGAGGAAGACGUGCUUGGCCUGGCGGUGGCGGAUGGGGCUAAUUCAAGAGUGGGCUCGCAUGACGUCCUCAUUGCCAAGUAUUUCGCGUAUGGCAGCUACAUGCUGAAGCUUCUCCCUUCGGCGACACAUAUAGCACGCGUGGACACGGACAAGCUAGUCGAAGGCCUCCACAGAGUGGUGCCCAAAUUGGCAGAGAUAACUGCGAAGGGGCACAAGUACCAAUUCAUCGGGCAUCGCAUCGAAUCGCACAACAUGUGUCACGACAUUAGUGAACUCAUGAAAUUUGGGAGCAGCUACGACGCCGCGAAGCAUGGUGCGUAUGGUCUGUACGGCCCUGCGACUUACCUCUCCCGCGCCCUCGUGGAGGUGCUCGGUACCGUAGAGGCCCGACCGAAGUACUUUCAGUCCUUCAACCACUAUGACGAAGAUGACCGCGAACUGGGUCGCGCCGUGUCCCGGUUUGCUGCUUAUACGCAGACCCAGGUGUAUCAUUUGUCAAAGGAGGAAGAGGACGCCAUUUUUCCGGAGUUCAAAAGGGGACGCUAA